AAAAAAAAAAGAAGAGGACAAACCCCCUGUGACAGGACCCUGUCAUGUUUCACUGACGGACCACUCCCGACCGGCGAAUGACAAGCGCGCAUCCGAGGGUGGGGCUUGCCUCAGUCUCUCAUGAUUGGUUGCUGGAUGGAAUUAAGGUGAAUGGAACUCGUGUCCAAGGAGCAGGACCCUAACCCAUCAGAGGGAGAAGAGAAGCGGUGGCUCAAUGGCCCGAAAAGGAAGAGGAAGAACAGCCAAUGUUCCUUGAAGAGUAUGACUGCACGUUGUCUGAGUGACAGCUCCAAAUCCCUCGAGCUGAAAGAAGCGAGUAAAGAAGGGUACAUCCCCAGCUACCUCGAAAAGGAUGAGCCAUGUGUGGUGUGUGGUGACAAGGCCACAGGAUACCACUACCGCUGCAUUACCUGCGAGGGCUGCAAGGGUUUCUUCCGUAGGACCAUUCAAAAGAACCUCCACCCGAGCUACUCCUGUAAGUACGAUGGCUGCUGCAUCAUCGACAAGAUCACCCGCAACCAGUGUCAGCUGUGCCGCUUCAAGAAGUGCAUUGCAGUGGGCAUGGCCAUGGACUUGGUGCUGGAUGACUCGAAGCGGGUGGCUAAGCGGCGUCUGAUUGAAGAGAACAGAGAGCGGCGCAAGAAGGAGGAAAUGGUGAAAACCCUCCAGAACCGUCCAGAGCCCACCGACAGCGAGUGGGAGGUGAUCCACCUGGUGACGGAGGCCCACCGGCACACCAACGCUCAGGGCGCACAGUGGAAACAGAAGCGCAAAUUCCUGCCAGAAAAAAUCGGCCAGUCCCCGGUCGCCCCGACAUCAGACGGAGACAAGGUGGACCUGGAGGCCUUCAGCGAGUUCACCAAGAUCAUCACUCCUGCCAUCACCCGCGUCGUCGACUUUGCCAAAAAACUGCCCAUGUUCUCUGAGUUACCUUGUGAAGACCAGAUCAUCCUGUUGAAGGGCUGCUGCAUGGAGAUCAUGUCGCUGCGAGCCGCCAUGCGCUACGACCCGGAGAGCGAGACGCUGACGCUGAGCGGCGAGAUGGCCGUGAAGCGCGAGCAGCUGAAGAACGGCGGGCUGGGCGUGGUGUCGGACGCCAUCUUCGACCUGGGCAAGAGCCUGGCACAGUUCAACCUGGACGACACGGAGGUGGCGCUGCUGCAGGCCGUGCUGCUCAUGAGCUCAGAUCGCUCCGGCCUGACCUGCAUGGACAAGAUCGAGAAGUGCCAGGAGACCUACCUGCUGGCGUUUGAGCACUACAUCAACUACCGCAAGCACAACAUUCCUCACUUCUGGCCGAAGCUCCUGAUGAAGGUGACCGACCUGCGGAUGAUCGGGGCGUGCCACGCCAGCCGCUUCCUUCACAUGAAGGUGGAGUGUCCCAACGAACUCUUCCCCCCGCUCUUCCUGGAGGUCUUCGAGGACCAGGAGGUGUGAAAUACAGUUGCCGCCGCGUGAAAGGGGGAAAGAGGAAGCCCGGGGCAAAACUUGGGAGAUGGGAAGGGCCAUCUUUUUGUUAUCGGGGGGGAAAGGAAGGAGGGAGAGUCCUCUCUGCAUUUCUCUCGACAUCGCAUUUACAGUAUGUGGUUUGAAAAUAAACAAACUGGAACCAACAAUAGCAGAAACAACACACCAGCAACAGGAGAGUCGAGCAAACAGAGGAUUUUGUUCUACGAACGCCCUCUCCUCCACCUCUUUCUCCUCCUUUUACUGACCCCUGUUUUAAGAAUCCGUGUGGGGGCCCUUCUGUCUGAGCAUGAUGUCUUAUCUAGUAAGAGUUGUAGCCAUUUGCCAAGACACGUACACCGACACACACAACAAACACACACACACACACUCUCGCAGCCUGUUCCACCUCAGUUCUUCAGAGCAGCGUUAUUUGCAGGGGUCCGUUCCCCCUCUCUGGUUUUUUUUUUAGGCGGUCACAGAUUUACACACCUUUUUGAAGCCCAUGUUUCCAGCGUCCAUGCUGGCCAGCACCUCUCAGUAUUAUUUCUGAAUAAGUGUUAAGGCAGAACUUCAGAAAAUAUGGAUACGAGUGACAUAUUGUCGCACACAGUCAUGCAUACACACGCAAUCAGCAAACACUGCACAUAGAAAUUGACUCAGAUGCUCUAAGCAUUGCUUUGGUGUAUAAUGUCUGCAGUGUAGCAGAGCUACCAGACUUAGUCUUUUAUCAAUUCCUCAACUCAAUCUGAGCCGUUUAACAGCUGUUUUAUGAGCUUCAUACUAAGAUUCCAGUGAAAACCGGUGCUAUAUUUAUACAAGGCUACUCCAGUUUUAUGAAAUUGUGUUGUCUACCUUAUGAAAAACAAAUGUGCAGAACAUGGCUCCAUAUCUACCUUCAUUUAUGUCAUUGGACCGGCUCCUGUGACACACACAUACACACACACACACACACACACACACACACACACACACACACAGACACACACAUGAGCUGACUUGCCUUGUCAUUGCCCGUGCGGUUUGUGCCAGCAGCCUACCGUCUUACUAAUGACAAUUAAGCUCUUCUCUCUCCAAGGAGUCAGUGCACUGAAAGGAAGAAAGACAGAAGGGAGGGAGGAAGGGGGAGACACUUGGAAGGGGAGAGAGGAGGGAGGAGCAGGGAUAGAGAGAAGUAACAAGAUUUAAUAGCUGAACUGUAAAGUCGAAGCCAGAGUCAGAAUAAAUCUCCCGCACGCAGCCUCCAAGGAGGUUUUCAACAGCGGCAACCACCAGCCAGACGGCAAAGCUCAUCACACACACACUUUCUCUCUCUCUGUCUUUCUCUCAAACACACACACACACACACACAUAAAACACAAACAUAAAAACACACAACAUCACCUCAGAGUAACGCGAAUGCCUCAUUUUACUGUAUGCACUGCGCGUCAGUGUCGAUAUACAGCCCUAACCUGCAGGGUUUGUACAGAGUCCUCUCCUCAUGGACUCUGCUCAGUGUGGCCCUCCCAGGCUUCCAUAUACGCAUUUGCCUUUUUUUUUUUUUUUUUAAAACCAUGGGCGUCACUGAGAGCAGGCAAAAUGCCAAGAAGGCUACCAUUUACCUCAAAAGUGGAUUACACCCCCAGGCUGGGGCAGCGGCACUGCCCCCGUGGUGUCAGGCACUACCUCACCUCUGUGGACACGGGGCGGCUGCCCAAAGCCUACACACAGACAUACACCAUUCAAGUGGGCGCAUGUGUGGGUUCAACACGCAAAUGUGCAUAAUAUUUACGUCGGUGCACACUUUGUAGUCACGGAAAGACAAAAACACUCACGUCAUAAAACACACACACACACACGCACACACACCCUCAGUGCUAUCACUUGGUUGAAAUGAAAUACCAUUGAAGACAGGAGGGCCAGCCAUCUCCCCCCAUGGAAAGGUUGUUUUUUUUACCGACUCCAGGGAAUGGUACCCAUCGCAUUCGGGUUAUCUCUUUUUUGUUAUACGGGACCAAGUGUCGUCUUUUUGAAAAAUUGGAUUUAACCUGUUUCUAUCAAAAUGGAAACCGACUCACAGAAGCGACGGAGGACGGUGCAGAUGUGCAGCCCGUUUACGCGAGUAGCAAGAGGAUAUAUGACGGAGAGAGAGUAUCUGAGAUAAACCCCCCGGUGGCCACGCCCGUUGAAUUAGCAUGCAGAGAAAAGGGCUGUUUCCUUCUGCAUCAUGGCGAUCUUCCACAGUACACUCAUGAUGGCUGCCGUUGGAUCUUGACGGAUAUUUUCAUGGAAAUAAGCUUUCAUUCAUGCAUGGACUGUGCAUUAGACGUAACAAAAAAAGUAGAAUGUUCUCCACCGAAAUUAAGCUUCUUAGGAGGCACCUCAAAGGCUCUUUUAGUCCCGUGCACUUUACCAACGCUCACCACUAUAACGGUAAACUCUCACGGCAAACAUCCAACGCAGAUAUGGUGUACUAGCCAAACGACCAUUCAAGAAUGUUGCUUUGAUCACAAAAGCCCAGUCUGUUCAUUCCAAUUCUGGGGCCAAGCCAAAAUCUAACUGGGUUUACCACUCUUACAAGAGGAGAACGAGAACGAAAGAGAGACUAAGAAAAAUCUAUUUUAUAUUCAGAGCCAAGCAGUAGUUCACGCUCGGCGCUUGUACAGGACGGGUGAUCUGCACCCCUGAGAAGUACCCAAGCAGAGCAACACAUGGCAGGGAUUGUGGGUAAUCGACGCGGAAUUGGCCGAGCCUCACCGCUCCGACGUCUGGAGCAAAUGCUGGGAGGAGAGAGGAACUGGAACGCCUGGUCGGACUCCCAGAAGAUAACCCCCCCCUUCACAAGCAGCGUCACCACUUUCAGAGAUACACCACCUGUCCUGCCUUACCUUAAUUCUAGCCCACGACAAUGCCCUUUCUGGAGCCUAGCUCUAGACUAAAUUGCACCCCCAUCACCGUUAUAACAGCCCCCACCCAGCCAGGCUGGUGGGAGUUUUUUGCACUACUGCAGCGGUCCUCCCUUUGGCCCCAUACUCAUCAAAGUUAAACCAACAAUUGGUGGAUUACCCAAUAGUUUCCGCCCCCAACAAAACAGUUUUGUUUUUUGGUGGCGGGUACUACUUUGGGGUGAGUUUUGGCGGCUCUGUGUAACAGAGACUGGCAGUCGCAGUGGGCUCAGUCCCAAACCUGACCCGUUAGUCAGUAUUAAACCAACAGCACACUACCCUCGCCACUUAACCAACCCAACCAGGGGCGCAGAAAGACCCCUGCGUUGGAGGGCUGUGUAGCAUUAAUAAUUCUCCCAUCAUCCCUCCUGUAGCGUCAGCCCAGUGACAUUUCAAAUUCAGAGCCCUCCCUUCCAUAAUCAUCCUCGCCCCAAAAAAUCAUUGACACCAAACGGGAUCCGGGCCUCUCCCUGUGAGACAAGGCUGGCCAUAUCCGCCCUUUAGAGUGGCGCCACCGAAUGAAUGUGAUCGGCGAAAGCAGCAGCGACAGGAACGAGAGACUUGAGCGCGAGAUUGUGAGGAUGUACGAGAAGAAGAAAAAUAAAGAGUGGGACAGGAAAUGGAAUAAUAAAAGCUGAGGGCGUUCGACCCUCACUGCCAUCAUGGACAUGGGAGAGAGAGAGGGUGAUGUGGCCGGUUGUAGAGACGAUGCUAACGAACACUCGGAGGAAGGUGGAGGCGGCGGCGUAGGGAUGCGCUCCGUCUCCUCCUUCAGUUCCAACAACAACAACCGCAUAUGAGCCCCGACUCCCAUGUCAGCUGACAACCCCCAAAAUGUCGUCGUCGUCGUCCCCCCAGCUCCCUCAGCUCCCUCCAAAAGGAUAACCUCCAACCUUCACAUGGUGAGGAUCAGAAAAAAGAGAUCCCUCAUUCCAGAGAUGCAGGUUUGAAAUUCCAACACAUCUACGUAAAAAGAACUGAAAAAGAGAGAAAAGAGGAAAAAAACCUAUUGAUGUCCUUUGUUCUCGUGAGCUGACUGGGUAUGUGUGUGUGACAGUCGGGGUUAUAAUGCUGCUUUACCUUCUGAGUCUGAUUUAGAUUAUGGAGAAAAAAAUGAUAUAUGAAAUGAUUAUAAAUCCACGAAACAAGAUGAAAAGAGAUGACUUUUAAAAAAAGAAAAAGGACUCCUGAACAAAAUUAUUGGAGAAUUUUCUUUUUUUCAUUUUAUCAUUGUUUUUAUUAUUUUUCUGUUUGUUUUUUGACGCUUAAACUGCUUCUGUGUAAAAAAGGAAAAAAACAGCUGUAGUCACUUUUUGACCAUGCGUGCAGUGUAACAUAGAAAAUAUUUCACUUCUUUUUCACAUCUAUACUUUUGUGUUGAUAAGCCAACUGAUCUGUCUGUCUGUGUGUCUGUCCAGUUGUCCGUCCCCUUUUAUCAGGAGGAAUUUACAUCCAACAAAACAGGAAUUUCUUUUUUUUAUAUUUUGUUUUUUUUUAAUGAAAUACAACUUUGGAGAAGAAAAAAAACACAAACAGGAAAAAAUAAUGCAACAGAAACUGAAAAUACGAAGAAAAAAAAAACUGAAACAAUCUUGUCAUACCUCACACAACACAAAACUCAAAGGAACUUGGGAGGAGUCAUUUUGCAGGCACAUGUGAAAGUUCAGAGAUGCAUAUAUAGAUUAAAAAAAUAAAUACAAAUGUUUAUGUUAAGAUAAUAUGUGCUUGUGUGUACGCAUCAGUAGAAGUUACAAAAGGACUCUUCCCUCAAGCUUUUGUGCUCUAUCUUAUUUGGUUGUGAGACGUUAGAGAUCAUCUGCUAAUGCGAGCGCUUCUCCAACUUGAAGGCACAGUCUUCAGACAGUAAACCUAAAAUGUGAAUGGCCCAGAGACUGAGGGACUAUGACUUUUGUAAUGGCUGAGAGUUUUAUGGUAUUGAAUGUAGCUGACAGGAGGGGGGGCUGGACCUGAGCCCGGCACCCACAACCCAACUUCCACACACCAGCAGAAAAGAUAGUGGUGUCACAUAGACGUUACAAAACAAACUACAAAACUGAGAAUAUAUAUAUAUUGCCCGUCUGCAAGGUGCAAUGUUGUGUAUUUUUAUAUGUUCUUUUCUGUUUUUGAUUUUCGUUUCAUUUUAUUUUGGCCAUAACCAAGGAUGUAAAUACAAAAAGAAACAUACAACACUCGAGAUUUAUUGCAACAAAAGUAAAAAGUUGAACCUCUCCAUCCCGCUCCCGUGUAAGAGGGGGGAAACAAAAAAAACAAAAAAAAGCAAAGUAAUGUGUAAUGCUUCAUACAUUUGUAUGUGUGCACUCUCUCACAUGUGCAUGUUGAUCCAUAUUUCAGAAGUGCCCCGUGACAUUAAUCAUGAACCCUGUGCCUCCUGUUGUUUGCAAAGAGAUAGAUUCGUACCCCUCGUGUUCUCACGACGACAUCACACGCUACACAUGAAUGCCUACAGUCGUGUUUGUGUGUGUGUUCACCAAUGGAAUUAGAUUAAAUUCAUCCAAACUACUGAUGUGGGUGUCGUCCAGCAGCCACGGUGGCCCAGUAGGAGGGCAGUGAGGUGGGUUUUUGUUGAGUAAAGUGGGAGGUGGGUGAGGGAAAUAUGAGUAGAACAUAAACUGGUUAUAAAUUAGAGUCGGCUAACGUGGCUGCAACACACUCACAUCAAUGUAUGGAAACGGACAAAAAUGGUUUUACCUGUUUGUCCGCCCGCCCAUUUACCCCAAAGAAGCCAGCCUUAAAAAUCCUGCAUUUACACCCAAGCAUCUUGUUUGCAGAUCAAUAUUUAAGACACUAAGCCCCAUAUAUGCGUCUCAGAGAGUGGUGGUAAACUGGAGCCUGAAACACCAGAAGCUCUAGCGGCUACUUCCACAAAAUGCUAAACUUUGGAGGAGUAAAGAACAUUUUCAACAUCUCUCUAGAGUGCAUCUGAAACCACCUCCCCAUCAGAUUUCAUCUUAAAUGUCUCUUAGGUUCCAUUUCUACUUGACUUUUUCGAGAUCAAAUAGCGAUCCAAUCUGCCCAACACACAUGAGUUGAAGUGUAAAUGGAGUCUUCGAUGACGACCACAACAAGUAAAGUGUUGGGGUUUUAGAGGCUGGCUUCUCGGGGGCCUCCGAGCCGAUCCCCUCCGUAGAUAUUAUGAUCCUGGUUUAUUCUCACAUGUUGACACAUUGGACAAGGGUGGAGAUUGUCUGUGAUGUUUUUUUUUGUUUUUGUUUUUUUCUUGUUUCAUGGUUGUGUUUGGUCCCCCCCUUAUGCCAAAUGUAGAGUUUGUGAAGACAUGGAACUAGCAAGAUGUCUAUGCAAUUUUCCCUCCUGCUCCCUCCGAAAAAGACGAGCUCCACGUGACAACAACGAGCCCGUCUUGUUUAUGAAAUCAAACUUUGGCCUGGUUUGAGUUCCAGAGGUUCUUUACGUGACCCCGUGGAGAACAAGUAGGAGGGGUACUGGGGAUGUUGUGGAGAAUAUGGAUUCUACGAGAUGUGCUGUUUGUUUGUAAACUGCUCAGAAAGUGUGUGUGUGUGUGUGUGUGUGCAUGUAUAUGUGUGUGUGUCGUUUUGGCAGUGUGGGAACGUCUACUUGAUGCGAUGCUCUCAUUGUUCGGUGGGUCGAACCUCAAGGCCACAAAAUUAGGAUUUAGAGAAGCCCCCUAAACUCAAUCUUACUGCAAUACGUGCGUGAAGCUUUAACUUUUCUAUCAUGCGACCAACUUAAUGUAACAUUAAAGAGUAUUCUGGGUUGUUGAUGUCCAUCAGUGGGAUGUUUGUAGCAUUAGAAACCCGUCACCUCUGCUUUUAAGACGUGAGGAAAGGAUUUGACUCGAUUUGCAAUGACAAAUAAAAAAAUAAAUAUAUAUAUAUAUAUAUCUUCUUCAUCCCCACUGAGAUGAACAUCUACAACCUGCUGACCCCCAGUUGAACUUGAGCACUUAACUAAAAUGCACUUUGAAUGCCCCGAACCAAUCCGCGAUAGGUGGAAGAAUCUUUGGUUUCACAAAAUGAAAAAUGUAAAUUGCACCCAAGCCAAAUGCCUUUUGCACCAUUUAAUGUUUUAUUUUAUUUUUUAUUUUUUUUAAUUAGAGAAUAAGAGUCGCAGCCUUUAGGCAAAGACAGUUGAUGACAAAUUAUAAAGUUUACAAUCAUUUUUUUAUUGUAGUGCAAUAAGUGAGUGAGCGUAUUUCUCGUCGCGACAGAUCGUUUUAAUACAUUUGUGGGAAAAUAAUAAUCUUGUGAUUGCUUUUAAAAUGCGCCCACCCAUGAGAGCAUCAGUGUAGACCCACUCCACACACACACAUACACACACACAUGCACACACACAAACACAAACUGGGUAAAGGAAGCUAUUGAAGGAUUCUCUCAGGUAAAAGAACAUUUUCUAAUAAAUGAUGAUGAACCUUAGAUGAAAAACAUUGUUAGCUCAUCUUUUUUUUCGU